AUGCCAGACCUAUCAUCCGCAGACCGUCCAUUUGACAACAUCAUCAACUUUCGUGAUGUGGGGAGGUCGAUUAACGGGCUUACGGGGAGGAGGAUAUUAAAAGAAGGCGUCCUAUUCCGCAGUGCAAGACUCGACGACGCCUCCGAACGAGAUAAACGCCGGUUAAGCGAUGAACUGCACAUUUCGACUGUCAUCGACUUGCGCUCUGUGACGGAACACCGCAUGGCCGCCCAUAAACGGCGCGAACAGCAUCCCCUCCCCCAACCAACCCAAGAACCAACCCCAGAAUCAAAUCCAAAAGCUGGAUCAGAAGCAGCAACAGGACCAGACGAGCAAUCAAACCUAAUGGUAGACGACUCCACCCACCUCGACACCCUCCCCGGCAUCAACCGCGUGCUUAUCUCCCUAACCGGGAAGGCAUGGGAGCGGUCGUUGAUAUGGAGGUUGGAUUGGGUGAAUUUCUUUAAGGUAUUGGGCCUCUCGGCCUCGGGCUAUCGAACCGAAGCUGUGAAAAUCGUCGUGCAGGAGGUUAUGGCGCCGCGGGGGCUUAUUGGGCUUGGGCAGGAUACGUUGGAUUACAGUACUUCUGAGAUGAACGAAGUUUUCAACCUACUGGCAGGCCAGCAUGGCCCUACCACUUAUGAGGAUGAUGAAGAAGAGGAUGAAGGGGAGGUAUUCCCGCUGCUCUUGCACUGCACCCAAGGGAAAGACCGCACGGGCAUAAUCAUUCUUCUUCUGCUGCUGUUGACGCAUGUUCCUGAGGAUGCUAUUUCUGAGGAUUACGUGCGUUCUGAGCCGGAAUUGGUGGUUGAGGCUGAGGAGCGAUUGAAGGAAAUUCGGGCGAUAGGGAUUCCUGAGGAGUAUAUCAAGUGUCCUGCUGGGUUUACGGGUGCGAUUCGCGGGUAUCUGGAGGAGAGAUAUGGAGGUGUCGAAGGGUACUUGGAGAUUGUGGGUGUUGGGACGGAGACGCAAAACAAGAUCAAGGAGAGGUUACUUGCAUAG